AUGGAGAAAGCCAAGGCGUCCCAGAGCAGCGGCGUCGACGACGUCCUCAACAACAUCAUGUCCCGACCCAAGCGCCAAGCACCCGCAGCCAGCUUCUCCUCCUCCGACAUUGAGUCGAUGAUCGCGCCGCGAGGCAAUCGGAAUGAUCACCUCACGCGGGACCAACCGGAGCUCGAAAGUCCACCGAUGAAGUUGGGUCCGACUGUGGGGAGGACGGUGAAUGUGAAUACUGCACGGGGGAUGGAUGUGGGGAGAGCGUUCAGACAAUUGGAGAUACUGUGUGCGCGGAACCAAGUGCGGAAGGAUUUUAUGAAGCAGAGGUUUCAUGAACGCCCGGGGUUGAAGAGGAAGAGGCUGAAGAGCGAGCGGUGGAGGAAGAAUUUCAAGGCGAAUUUCAAAGAGACGGUGGCUUUGGUGCAGAAGAUGCGGAAGCAGGGGUGGUAG